AUUGUUUUGUUGUUCAAUAAACAAAGUUAUGGACCAUGUUGUUGCUAAGGCCACUCUUGGCCUCACUCAUCCUGCCCAAAUUGAUCACCCCAAGAUAUCUUUUUCGACUAAAGAAACCGAUUUGCUAGAAUGGAAAGGAGAUAUACUCGCAGUGGGUGUCACUGAGAAAGACAUGACGAAAGACGAAAACUUAAAAUUCGAAAACCAAAUUUUAGAAAAUCUUGAUUCUAAAUUGGGUGGAUUGUUGUCUGAAGUAUCUUGUGAGGAAAAUUUCACAGGAAAGGUGGGACGGUCAACUGUUAUUAGAGUUUCGGGUCUUUGGGCCAAACGAGUCAGCUUGAUCGGGCUUGGAAAGUGUCCCACAGUCCCGUCUAGUUAUCAUGUUCUUGGUGAGUCUGUUGCAUCGGCUGCUAAGGCUUCACAAGCGAACAUUGUUGCCGUUGCACUUGCUUCAUCGGAAGGCUUGACUCCUAGAUCAAGGCUGGCCAUUGCCUCAGCAAUAGCGAAAGGCACGUUGUUGGGUACUUAUGAAGAUAACAGAUUCAAAUCCAAGUCUAAGAAGCCAUCUCUCGAGUCUGUUGACUUUUUCGGUCUCGGAUGUGGGCCCGUGCUCGAAAAAAAACUUAAGUACACAGAAGACAUUUGCUCAGGGGUAGUAUUGGCAAAAGAGCUUGUAAAUGCACCUGCUAAUGUGCUCACUCCUGAGGUGCUAGCAGAAGAGGCUGCAAAGAUUGCUGCUGCGUAUAAUGAUGUUUUUACAGCAAAGAUUUUAGAUGCAGAACAAUGCAAAAAGUUGAAAAUGGGUUCGUAUCUUGGCGUUGCUGCCGCUUCUACAAAUCCUCCUAAAUUUAUACAUUUAUGUUACAAACCUCCAAACGGGUUUACUAAAACCAAACUGGCUUUAGUUGGAAAGGGGUUGACUUUUGACAGCGGUGGCUACAACAUUAAGACGAGCCAGGCUUCUAUGGAGUUGAUGAAAAAAGACAUGGCUGGUUCAGCAGCGGUGUUAGGUGCCGCGAAAGCACUAGCUCAAAUUAAACCGCCUGGAGUAGAGGUUCAUUUUAUAGUGGCAGCUUGCGAGAAUAUGAUAAGUGGGACCGGUAUGAGGCCCGGUGACAUUGUAACGGCCUCAAACGGAAAGACAAUUGAGGUUAAUAACACUGAUGCUGAAGGCAGACUUACACUUGCUGAUGCUUUGGUGUAUGCCUGUAAUCAAGGUGUCGACAAGAUAGUUGACUUGGCAACUUUGACUGCAGCAUGUGUAGUUGCUCUUGGGCCCUCAAUUGCAGGCAUCUUCACACCUAGUGAUGAGUUGUCUAAGGAGGUGGUUGCCGCUGCGGAAGUUGCCGGAGAAAAACUUUGGAGGUUGCCAAUGGAAGAAAGUUAUUGGGAUUGUAUGAAAUCCGGGGUUGCGGAUAUGGUCAACACUGGCAGUCGUCACGGUGGUUCCAUUACCGCAGCUCUUUUCUUGAAGCAGUUUGUUGAUGAGAAAGUAGAAUGGUUGCAUAUAGACAUGUCUGGGCCUGUUUGGAAUCACAAGAAAAAGGCUGCAACUGGAUUUGCUACUCCCACUUUGGUAGAAUGGGUUUUGUCCAACUCAUCAUCUUAAAACCUUAAUAACAACACUAUCUUAUUGUCCUGCACACGUGGCAGCUACAAGUUUGGGUGUUGAAAUGCCCUCAAGUUAUAUGUAUAAGAGAAUGGAGAUUGUGAAAUGUGUAUGAAUAAAAUAUGUCUAGAAAGAAAGUUGAACUCUUUGUAACUUGUAAUUUGGAUCAACAUUUAAUAAUAAUCUUGUUUUAGCUA